AUGCUAUCAGCUCUACUUCUUAUCCCUCUCAUUGGUUCGCUUGCACUCCUUCCUAUUAGCGAAGAGUCAGGUGUUACACGAAUGAAACAAAUCGCACUUACGACAUCUAUGGUAAACUUUAUUGUAUCCAUUGUUCUAUGGGGUGAAUUUGACUCAAGCUCUCUACAAUACCAAUUUGUUCAAGAAUUCAACACUCUAAGCUUCUGUCAUCUAAACAUCGGUAUUGAUGGUAUUAGUCUAUACUUUGUACUACUAACUACAUUCAUCACACCGCUAUGUAUCCUAUCUAACUGGGAUAACAUUAAAUUCGGAAUGAAAUACUUCCUUAUUGCCUUUCUAUUAAUGGAAACACUACUUAUUGCUGUAUUCGUAGUGCUAGAUCUAAUGCUAUUCUACAUUUUCUUCGAAUCUGUACUUAUUCCUAUGUUCCUUGUUGUAGGUAUUUGGGGAGGUUCUGUUACUCGAAUUCGAGCUUCAUUCCUUCUAUUCCUAUACACACUAGCUGGAUCACUAUUUAUGCUACUGUCUAUUAUGGUUAUCUACUACAACAUUGGAAGCACAGACUUCACAGUGGUAUCACUAUCAAACAUGAGUCUAGAUGCUCAAAAAGUGCUAUGGCUUGGAUUCUUCCUAUCACUAGCGGUUAAAUCACCUAUGGUACCCUUCCAUAUCUGGCUACCGCGGGCACAUGCUGAAGCUCCAUUAGGUGCAUCUAUUCUACUAGCAGCUCUGUUCCUAAAACUAGCUACAUACGGGUACCUACGUAUCCUUAUUACAAUGCUACCGGAUGCUACAUCAUACUUCUCACCAUUAGUGCAAACAAUGGCUGUUGUAACUCUGAUUUACUCAUCUCUAGCAACACUACGACAAACAGACUUCAAAGCUCUAGUUGCGUACUCAUCUAUUGGUCACAUGGCAAUCGUGAUCUUAGGACUAUUCUCUAACACUAUUGUUGGUAUCGAAGGAGCUAUUGCACUAUCUAUUGCUCACGGAGUUAUCUCACCUGCUAUGUUCGCACUAGUAGGAGGAGUACUUUACGAUGUUCACCACACACGAACUAUCCGAUACUACCGUGGUCUAGCAGUAUACAUGCCAGUGUUUGUUGCUAUGUUCUUCAUCACUACAGCAUUCAACAUGGCUGUACCACUAUCUCUGAACUGGGUAGGUGAAGCACUAAGUCUUGCAGGUAUCUUCCAAAAAAGCCCAAUCAUUGGUGUACUAGGUGCAUCAAGUAUCGUGCUGUCAGCUUGUUACAGUAUCUUCCUGUUCAACCGACUGUCAUUUGGAGCAUACUCACAAUACCUAUCAUUCACUACAGAUAUCUCACGACGAGAAUUCAUGUUAGUACUACCUAUGCUACUAGUUGCCCUAAUCUUCGGUAUCAUGCCUAAUGUUAUUUUCACCGAUCUACACGUAGCAGUAACACAACUACUAUACGCAGUAGAACCAGUGGCUGAUCUAACUAACAUUGAAGCAGCUGUUGAUGCUCUAGGUGGCAAAUAG